CAUUUAUCAUAAGAUAACAAAACCAUUGGUUUCCACCAAAACAAGUAGCUAGCAACCUCUUCAUGCCACUGGUUUUCCCAAAGUUUUGGCCGGUUUCCUCUAUUUAGAAACCUUCACACACAAUCACUUAUCAGUAUAUAAAUAACAUCUUCACUCAAUUGCACAAUCAAUCAAAACAAAAUCAACCUAGAGAACCUUCUUCAAUUUCCUAAAAAUUACACUAUAUUCAAGCAGAAUUUUUAUUUAUUCAAUAUGAGUUCAUCAAUCAGAAAUUGGACAGUUGCAGCUAGUGUUGGAGUUGUGGAAGCCUUGAAAGACCAAGGCUUAUGUAGGUGGAAUUGUGCUUUAAGAUCAGCUCAACAUCAUGUUAAACAUCAUUUCAGAUCUUCGUCUCAAACAAAGAAGCUUUCUACCUCUAAUUCUUAUGCUAUGGUUUCUAGUAGAUUAAAGGAACAAGAAGCAAAGCGAUCAGAGGAAUCUUUGAGAACAGUCAUGUACUUAAGCUGUUGGGGUCCUAACAAUUAGAGCUAUUUAUAUUAUGACACAUAUUGAUCUAUAUGUAAAUUUUGAUAAAUAGAAAAUGGAAGUGUUAUGAAAAUUCAAAAUA